CGCGGAGAAGGGUCAGCCGGGCAGCAGGGGCGGCGGCGGCGCAGCUCCGCUCCCCGCGCGUCUUCGUCCUCGCGCCCGAGCAGGGCGCUGAGCCCUGCCGCCGGGAUGCAGCCGCCCGCCCGCCGCUGCGCGCUCCCAGCACUGCUCCCGCUCCUCACCUGCUCGCUGGCUUUGGCUUUGGCUUCUGAAGAUGCGAAGAAAGAGGUCACACGGCCUAAGAAUUUGGAGAAAAGUGGAAUAUCGAGGAAAAACGACAUAGAUUUAAAAGGAAUUGUAUUUGUCAUCCAGAGUCAAAGUAAUUCUUUUCAUGCAAAGAGAGCAGAACAGUUAAAAAAAAGCAUCUUAAAGCAAGCUGCAGAUCUUACUCAGGAGCUCCCCAGAGUCCUUCUUCUUCAUGAGCUGUCUAAGCAGGAAGGUGCCUGGACCAUACUUCCACUGUUACCACACUUUUCUGUAGCAUAUAGCAGAAAUUCAUCAUGGAUUUUCUUCUGUGAAGAAGAGACAAGAGUACAAGUUCCACAACUCUUAGAAGUGCUCAGAAGAUAUGACCCAUCAAAGGAAUGGUUUUUAGGAAAAGCAUUACAUGAUGAGGAGUCUACAAUCAUUCACCAUUAUGCCUUUUCUGAAAAUCCUACCAUUUUUAAAUAUCCUGACUUUGCUGCUGGCUGGGCCCUUAGUAUUCCACUUGUCAACAAGCUUACUAAGAGGUUAAAGAGUGAGCCCUUGAAGUCCGACUUUACAAUUGAUUUAAAACAUGAGGUUGCCCUCUACAUCUGGGACAAAGGUGAUGGGCCUCCCCUUACUCCAGUGCCUGAGCUGUGUACAGAUGGUGUGGACACCCACUGUGCUACCACAUUCCACUCUUUCCUACCCAUUUGUGGAAAUCCAGUGAAGAAGGAGGAUAUUUUUGUUGCAGUGAAAACAUGCAAGAAAUUUCAUGGUGAUAGAAUCCCCAUUGUAAAGCAGACGUGGGCCAGUCAGGCAAGUUGCAUUGAAUACUACAGUGAUCAUGCAGAAAGUUCCAUUCCUACGGUGGACCUGGGAAUUCCUAAUACAGACAGAGGUCAUUGUGGAAAGACAUUUGCCAUUUUGGAAAGAUUUAUGAAUCAUAGCCAUGACAAAAUAGCAUGGUUAGUCAUUGUGGAUGAUGAUACGUUAAUAAGCAUCUCCAGGCUCCGGCACUUGCUCAGCUGCUAUGACUCCAGCGACCCCGUGUUCCUGGGAGAACGCUACGGCUAUGGCCUGGGCUCAGGCGGCUACAGCUACGUCACAGGAGGAGGAGGAAUGGUCUUCAGCAGAGAAGCUAUCAGGAGACUGCUCGUCAGUAAGUGUCGCUGCUACAGCAAUGAUGCCCCCGACGACAUGGUCCUAGGAAUGUGCUUCAGUGGGCUGGGGAUCCCCGUGACACACAGCCCCCUCUUCCAUCAGGCCCGGCCCGUGGACUACCCCGAGGACUACCUUGCCCACCAAGUUCCCGUGUCAUUCCACAAACACUGGAACAUCAACCCAGUGGAAGUUUAUGCCACGUGGUUGGCACCCCGCGAGGAGGACAAAGCCAGGACGGUGACACAAAAAGGCCUUAAGGACGAGUUAUGAAGCCUGGGUCCUGGGAGCACAAUCUGAGCAGGAAACGGAAGUGGAGACAGUUGCGUCGUCCUGCUGUGCCAUCAUGCCACUCGCGUGUGCUGCAUAGCUUCAGGACCUUCCUGACUUCCUGUGGAAACUGUAUAUGGUAAUUUUUGAGGGGAGAGGAAAAGCAGUCAUGAAGUAAACAAGAUUCUUUUUUUCCAGGAAAAAAUCACUUGCUUUUUUGUAUUAUGCAUUAGUGUACUAGAGUUUCUCAAGCUGUGACACAGCAGCUUUGUUACUGUCACGGGAAAAUAAAUGGCACCAGAAGCCCCCUUCCUGCUCCUUCUCUUCAUUAUAAUGAAAGUUUCAGGCGAGCAUGAGACUGGAGAGACACGACUGUCUGUCAUGAGAGAGAGAGAGCGAGAGAGCGAGCAGAGGGAGCAGAGGGAAUGCCGACUGAUGUGGUUAUUACAAUGGGGUGAACAUUAUUGAUGAUGAAGAUGAUAUCCUGGUCACUCGGUAGGAAUAAUGCUGUACGAAGGAGGAUUCAUAAAACAUUGUCAAAGUCUAGCUAUGAAACCCCCUGUCGUCUAUAGUCAGGGUGGUUCUGUUUUAUCUGUUUGUGCCUCAUAAAAAGGAAAGAAGCUUUCUGUGGGAGCGUUUCCACUUCUUUAGAGGUUCAUCUGUGUUUGAUUUCUCCCUGAAGCCCUAUCUUUUUUUACCUACUUGGAACAGGAAAGUGUACUGGAUGCUGCCAGAAAGGAGUGCCCUCGACAUUGAAAAACAAAGUUGUCAUGUUUUCUUCAAGUCUUAAUGAGCUCUGUGUAAGCAUCAGGAAGUGAGUUAAAUUAAUUUGUACCUGGUGUUUUGCUCUUGUUUUUCUCUGAAUGUUACCAAAUGCCUCUCCUGCUCGGAAUAGACCGCCCCCCCCGGGUACCGUCAAAUCCUAGUGGCAGGAAAGUGCGGUAAUUUGGCAAUUUUUCUAGGUUCUUAAAGAAUGACAUUGGAACAUAGUAUUUUGAAAUAGCUCUAAUUUUCAAGUCACAUCUUUAUAGUAAUUUAACUCAUCCAUUAAUUUGUAAAAAGUACUCUGUUUUUUAAUGUUGUAAUUAUAUAAUUCAGUUUCUAAAGGUAUUUGCAUAAAAUUUGAUUUUGAUGCCGAACUAAUUUUGGUACAGUAAAACACUUUCCUCUUUUCUUUCUUUUUUGAAAAUAAAGAUUGCUAUUUAUUAACUUUG